UAUCUGUGUUGCACAAGAUGCAUUCUUGUCAAAUUGACAACUAAUAAUUCUGGCAGCUGCCUUUUUCGGUGCGUUUGCGUUUUGCUUCUAAAAUUUUCAUUUAUUUUGUUUUCCUCCAAAAUUUGCAAAAAUUCUUCGUAAACUCAAAUUAACGUUACAGCAUCGUAAAAGAAAAUCGAAACAUAAACAACAAAUACAAACGGAAGGUCCCGGAAGUGUUUCAACAGUUGCCAUUGGAGAAGUGGUUACAGCCAUAGAUAAAUCAACAAACGGAAUCGGUGACAUCCCCAACAUGGAUAAUACAAAUCUCAACCGAGUGCUAAAUCAAACCUUACGUCAUCCACUACAUGGACUGCUUUUCAAAUAUACCAAUGUCAUGAAAGGCUGGCAGUACCGUUGGUUCACGGUUGACGCGCAGACCGGCACACUUAGCUACUUCUUGUGUGACUCGUCCUCGUCUGGCGAUGAAGCAACGCCAUCGGCACAGGUUUUGGCUAGUGCGCCGCGAGGUCAAGUACAGCUGGCAGGUGCUGUAGUCUGUCCGAGUGACGAAGAUUCACGCACAUUUUCCAUAGGUUGUGCCUCUGGCGAUACGCUUAAAUUGCGUGCUGCCGAUGCACGUUCACGCCAAGAAUGGGUGGAUGGUUUGCGUGCAGUUGUAGAAAGUCAUACAAAAGCAAUGGACAUUAGCAAUUCAUCACCACUGCCGCCACGAGAGUUGCUCGCCGCCUCAGAUGCGAUGGUUUCGGCGAGACAAGCACUCUACCUAACCGAACAAUGUAAUGCAACGUUAGCGCGUACAAUUGAAAAUAUCGAAUGUGAAACNGGGGGCAUUACAAAUAUUCCAUUAAGUAUGUACUAA